AGUACGCUCGCUGCAGCUGCUGUGGACUCCACGUCUGCUCUGAGGAAAUUAUGUUACCCAACACCGGGAGGCUAGCAGGAUGUACAGUUUUUAUCACAGGUGCAAGUCGUGGCAUUGGCAAAGCUAUUGCAUUGAAAGCAGCAAAGGAUGGAGCAAACAUUGUCAUUGCUGCGAAGACCACCCAUGCAAACCCCAAACUUCCAGGCACAAUCUUUACUGCUGCUGAAGAGAUUGAAGCAGCUGGAGGAAAGGCCUUACCAUGUGCUGUUGAUGUGAGAGAUGAACAGCAAAUCAGUGAUGCGGUGAAGAAAGCAGUGGAGCGAUUUGGAGGAAUUGAUGUUUUGGUGAAUAAUGCCAGUGCUAUUAGUUUGACCAGCACAUUGGAAACACCUACAAAGAGAGUGGAUUUGAUGAUGAAUGUCAACACCAGAGGCACCUUUCUGACAUCUAAAGCUUGUAUUCCUUACUUGAAAAAGAGUAAAAUUGCUCAUAUCCUCAAUCUCAGCCCACCGCUGAACCUAAAUCCCAUGUGGUUCAAACAGCACUGUGCUUAUACCAUUGCUAAGUAUGGUAUGUCUAUGUGUGUGCUUGGAAUGGCAGAAGAAUUUAAGGGUGAAAUUGCAGUGAAUGCAUUAUGGCCAAAAACAGCCAUCCACACCGCUGCUAUGGAUAUGCUGGGAGGAUCUGGUAUUGAAAGCCAGUGUAGAAAAGUUGAUAUCAUCGCAGAUGCUGCCUAUUCAAUUUUUAAAAAGCCAAAGACUUUUACUGGAAACUUUAUUGUUGAUGAAAAUAUCUUAAGAGAAGAAGGAAUACAUAAUUUUGACAUCUAUGCAAUUAAACCAGGCCAUCCUUUGUUACCAGACUUCUUCUUAGAUGAACACCCAGAUACAAUUAUCAAGAAAGUGGAAUCACAUGAUGCUCUUCCAGAGUUGAAACAAGAGAAGUCACAGCCACCACCAAAACCACGUUCUGGAGCCGUGGCAGAAACAUUUAGAAUCGUUAAGGACUUCCUCAGUGAUGACGUUGUUAAAGCCACUCAAGCAAUUUAUCUGUUUGAACUCUCAGGUGAAGAUGGUGGAACAUGGUUUCUUGAUCUUAAAAGCAAAGGUGGGAAUGUCGGAUAUGGAGAGCCCUCUGAACAGGCAGAUGUGGUGAUGAGUAUGUCUACUGAUGAUUUUGUAAAAAUGUUUUCAGGGAAACUAAAACCAACAAUGGCAUUCAUGUCAGGAAAAUUGAAGAUUAAAGGAAACAUGUCCCUAGCAAUCAAAUUGGAGAAGCUAAUGAAUCAGAUGAAUGCCAGGCUGUGAAGGAAAAGGGGAAAAAAAAAUGUCAGUCACUAAGCUCAAAAAGUAAAAGGAAUCAACAGUUAAAAUCUGUUUUCUUCCCUUUCAUAUUAUAAGGAUAUACAAGUUUGUUCUGGAAAAAAUAGAAUUUCUGUAUCUAUAAGACUUGAAAUUGUAAUUAAAACAGCUAGUUAAUCAAACCUAAACUUCAUUAAGUGGAAUUCUAAGACAGCCUGCCUAUUGAAUUUUGUGAGUUUUGCCCUCUGAGAGCUAGAUUUCAUUCAUUGUGGGGAAGGUAUGGUGAGCAAUUAAUCAGGUUCAAACAGUAAAAUUAGCUCUUUUCAGCACAUCUUCCCAUAGAAAAGGAGGUUAAUCUGUUUUAAAUUUUUCAGUUUGGGAUUGUAGGCUAAUGAAAUCUUAACGAUAUUUUAGAUUUUUAUAUACUUGUUUUAAGGAAGAUCUUCUAUAAUGUAUUUUCACAGAAAUCACAUAAACUACCUUAAUACUGUUUGUGAAGACUAAUGAAACAAAAACUGUUUUUCAUUCUAACUAGCUUUCCAGGUAUAAGUUACCUAUUAUUAAUACAAUUCUGCUAAUGUAAUUCAGUAUAUAUCCUCUUGCUAAAUGUAUAAAAAGCCUUAAAAUAAAAUAGUUUCUCUUCAGAA